AUGGAUCUCAAUAUAAUGGACAAACUGCGUAUUCUGAAGAUUGACACAGAGCUGCGUCCCCAAAUAAAGAUGAAAGCUAUGAGUAGAUAUUAUUUCGUGGCGCCUACGAAUCCCGUGGAACAGUUCUUUGUAUUCGCAUCCACUGCUGCGUGGCUUAUAAGAAAAUCUGGCAAAGACUUUGAUCAACCGAACGAGGAAGAUGAUCCUAACGCAAUCAUCGCUAAUAUCCUAGAUAUUAUACGAGAAAAAGAUAUAGCAGUGGACUUCUCCUCUCAUAAACUCAAGCAAGGUUGCGGAGACCAAGUAUGUUAUAUCUUAAACGUGUUGGCUGACGAAGUCUUGAAGGUUGAAAACUUCGAAUGGCUGAAACCUGUUGUUAACAUAAACGAGUCGGAAGAAAUUACAGACGAUGUUGAUCAAGUUGAGGAUGAAACUGAGAUAAUUUUGGAUAAAAUCGAAGAGGAAAUGGCGAUUUAUUCAGAAGAAUCUGAAGGGGAGAUUGAGAAAGAGGAAGAAAAAGAUAUCAACGUCACUACUAGAGUUCAUGAUUGGGAAGCUUGGAAAUUGGAAUUGGAAAGGGUUGCGCCGGCUUUGAGAUUAAAGAUAUCUGUAGAUGGAAGAGAUUGGAGAGCGAGGCACGCGCAGAUGAAGAGCUACAGAGAUGAACUUACAGACAGAUUCAAAACGACUGGGUCACAGUUGAAUAAAAUUUACAGCAACAUCACGUCAGUUAUGGACAAGAUAGGAGCAAGAGAGAAUGUGCUGAACGAAAGACUUGAACCAUUUGUUAGGGAAUACGGAUCUUUGUUGGACGAAUUGAACAAAGCUACCAAUGAGUAUAAAGAAGCUAGCGUCGGCGUUACUGAGAGACAGGAAAUAUUGAACGAAUUGACGUCCAAAGUUGAGAACAUGAAGCAAAAGACUGAAUCACGUGGUUCAUCAAUGAAUGAUAAUUCGCCGUUGGUUACAGCAAAAAAAGCCGUCGAAACUUUGAAGAAAGACAUCCAAGAACUCGACUUCCAGAUACUUAUUCUGCUCUGGCUUUUAAUAUCAAAGGAAAACCCGAAAAGUAACAAUUAUCUAACACACACUGAGACAAGAUUCGUUGGCGCUGAAGUUUAUUAG